AGUUUGAAGUACAAGAUGGGAAAUUACAGAUCAAAGCUUCGAAGUCUUGGAGUUCCUGAGGUUACCUGCAACUCACUGAAGAACAAGCACCCUGAUGACAAGGCACCUGCAAAGAACAUAAAGAAGCCAAGAAAAGGAGAAGUUGUGUUUCUCCCACAUUAUAGUGGAGGAAACGGCAAGGAGCAACAAGAGCUGGACCGACAGCAGCUAAUCGCAGAGUCAAAGAAAAAGGACAGUACAGCCAUCAAGGGCUUAAUGUGCAGCACAUUUGCACAUAGAAGAAAUGAGGUCAUCAGCCUGCAGAUGAGCAUCAAAGAGAUCACUAACAGAUGGCCUACCUUGUUUGAUGUUUCGCAGGUCAGUGCAGAGUUUCAGAGGAUCACCACACUGAAUCUUGAGCCAAAAUUCAUGUCAAGGUUGGACUUCUAUUCCCCCAAACUGCGGUCCCUGUUCCAAGUAAAGAAAGGUGCUGCAGGAGAACGGCAUCGGGCUCGAAUGAGUGUACUGCUUCAGAACGGAAUCCCCAUUCAGAGAACACGAGAGAUCAUCAUCCAAUGUCUCAUUGAUCAUCUGGGAGAAGAUGCAAGUGCCUUGAUCAAGGAGUUUGAGGUGGUUGCUGAUGCUCCUGACGGUUUAGAAAAGGAGUUGGCAGAGGAGGUCAUGAAGAUUUACAUGCUGCGGAACCAGGGACAAUCAGAUGAUGCACCUACUGAUGUAGGGAUUGUAAUUGAGGGCGUCAUUGUCCUCCGCAGUCUUGGGGAUCUUAGCAGAGCCUGCUGCUAUCUGUUGGGACUAACCUAUGCCUUGGAUCUGAGAUACCCCCGGAAUCUCAGAUACAUUUUUGAGGUAUUCCAAAAAGUGCUACUGGAGCUGGAUCCUGGAAACCUUUCAACCAAGGUUCAAAGACUGAAAAAUUACCUGUGUACUUAGUUGUCAACUACUGUUCAGUGAGAUGCUCUCACUAAUCUGGAUUUUGUCCAAUUUCAAGGUGUGCAUGUCUUAAAAUUUUAGUGAAAUAUUGUCUUAAUCCCAAAGUAACGUGUAACAAAGUAUAGUGAGGGCAAACACUAAAAACUUAUUCCAACUUAUAGGCUGUCUUGCUUGUUGUAAGCAUCAACCUUUUUCAAACUGUCAGUUGUUUCCUGAUGGACAGGAGAAACCAGGUGCCAGUUUUUGUUAUUGGUCCCUUGAUUUUGUUUUAUGAUCUUACAUUUGCCAUUUUGUUUAAUAACUUCUUGAUUUGAGAAAGGGUGAGAAGUGGGAAGGACAGGACAUUGAUUGCUCAGUACUUGGCAAAAAGAUGUUUUUCACUCAAAGUGAUUCGUUCCAAAAUUUGCAUCAGAAUGUAGAAAUGUACUCUGGCGUUUUAACAUAAUGGUGUAGGCCUGCCCAGUUACUGUCAAGGGGCUGAUUAGCAAUAAAGCUAGUUAUUGCUGAUGUUAGGUGUCACUGUUCUUAGUGUAUUUCAGCCAUGUGCAGAGCUCAGUUCAGCCUGUUGCUCUUGAACCAGAAGCAUUUUUUUACCUGGACUU